CCUUUUUCCUCUCUCUCUCUUCUCUCUCUCCAACUGAUAUUGAGAAUGGAAGGUGGAUUUCCAAUGCUCAACUGUCUUCUGCAGUACACAUUGAGGAGCUUGUGUUCAUACCCACCAUCAUCAGAUUCUAACUCAGCCAGCAGCUCCCCCAAAUGGGCUUAUGCUGUGUUCUGGAGAAUACUGCCUAGGAACUACCCUCCUCCCAAGUGGGAUUAUGAUGGAACAGCUUUUGGUCGCUCCAAAGCAAACAAAAGGAACUGGAUCCUUGUCUGGGAAGAUGGGUUCUGCGAUUUCCUUGAAUGUGAUCAGAGGGCUGGAGGUGGGCGCAUGAAUGGUAAGUUUGGAGCUGAUGUCUUCUUCAAAUUGUCUCAUGAGGUCUACAGCUAUGGCGAAGGAUUAGUAGGGAAAGUUGCAGCAGAUAAGAGUCACAAAUGGGUGUUCAAUGAAUCAAUCAAUGAGCUUGAUCCGAGAGUCCUCUCUUCAUACAGCUUGACCACUGAAACUCAACCCAGAGCAUGGGAAAGCCAGUUCAAUUCAGGCAUUCAGACAAUUGCCAUCAUUUCAGUCAGAGAAGGCAUCAUUCAGCUAGGCUCCUUUGAGAAGAUCAUGGAAAACCUCAACAUGGUGACUAGCAUUCAAAGGAAGUUCAGUUAUCUCCACAGCAUACCAUUACCAGGGGCAUUACUUGCCGUACAAAGACCACUCUUACAUGAACUGGCUCUUCUUCCUAUGGCGGACGAUAAGCACAGCCAAAUGAUUGGAAUGAAGAGAGUGUUCGAUAAAAGAAUGGCUAAUGAUUUCCUCGCGAAGUCACAGAAUGGAGGAGCUCAAGAGCAAUGUACGUUCUCCAUACCGCCUCUCUUGCCCACCACCAUGUACACUUGCAGCUUUGGAGCUCUCCUGUCAAAGCUUCCUUCCCCUUAUAUCCAAACUACUGGAGAUGGAGCUGUUUUAGAUAGCUACAGCCAUAGCAAAACUAACAAGAAGGUCAAGUUCGAAGAUGAGGGUGAUCGAUGCUGCUGAUAGCCAGGAAACAUUGGCUUCUCUAGCCAUUUCUAAAUGAUGCAACCAGCUCUCUAGUAAGUGGGUGUGAGUGAGACUUUGUUGAAGUGUUUUUGUGUAUGGUUUUCUACUUAUAUCUUGUUAAUAAACAAGUAUGCAAUCUAGUACUCUAGUUAUUAUGAGUAAUAUUUGUGAAAGUGUGCAAUAAUAUCCC